AUGAAGCAGGUGACAAAAGAGCAAAAGGCGAUGCGGAUCCUGGACGAGAGUGGACGGAGUGGGUUCCUGCCGCUGUGCGCGAGCUGGCACGAUUCCCGGAGUUUUUAUCUGGUCACGCCGUACUGUUUCAAAGGGGAUCUCGAACAGACGAUCUUAUACUGGGGCCUCGCGAAGAUGCCUCGAUCUCUAAGUCAUUACUACGCGGCCAAACUUCUUUCGUCGCUGGAGACACUCCAAAGGCUCGGAAUCAUUCACCGCGACCUGAAGCCCGCCAACAUCCUCCUCGAUGCCGAAGGCUGCCCACUUAUCGGUGACUUCGGCCUCGCGAAGAUAUUCGAUACCUCUCAACGACAGAAUGGGGCGGUGCCGCCCCCAACGACCAGUCUAUUCGAUUGGAACGAUGAUGAUAAGCCUGCGGAGCAUACCAACUCGUGCAGCGGCACGACUGCAUACAUGUGCCCCGAAGCGCUCAAGCGCGAUGUACAUUCGUACGACGCUGACCUCUGGUCGUACGGUUGCGUCUUGUACGAAAUGCUUACCGGUCGAGUCCCUUUUGCCACGGUGAAGGCUACACUGAGUGAAGAGGCGGUAUUCUAUUCUCGCGAUGACGUAGACCCCGUGGCUCAGGACUUCGUCCGUCUGGUGCUCACCAAGGAACGCGGAAAGAGGCCGGGCCUUGCUGCGAUGAAGGCGCAUGCCUACUUUACAUCCAUUGACUGGGAGAAACUCACGCACAAUGAGAUCAAACCGCCUUGGGUUCCGGCCACCCGGAGCCCUAUUCUACGCUCCAGGAUGCUUCUCCCUACCGGCCUACCAGUCUCCCGCAGCCAGGACCAGUUUCCUGAAUUUACUUUCACAUCCUCGGCACUCGCCGUCACCCCUCCCCCUGCUAAGGCUUUGAGAUCGCCUACUCUCCUCCGCAGCCUCAACCCUGCUAAACCAGCUGCUCUGCGCAGAUUUUUCAGCAGGACGUUCGGGCGAAACGGUGCUAUCGGGACGCCCGUUCCAAGAACCUUGUUUGGGACCACUUUGUCGUCCGUUCAAGGAGCGGAGCAAGACGUUCCUACGAAAGCCCCUAAGCCCCCAGUAUGCGGUGCGACGUUUGCGUGGUCGAAAGUACCGGCCCUGGCCCAUCUCUCUCCGGCCCCAGCCGUCGACAUCCGCGUUCAUAUUGUGGUAGAGAGCACUGCACCAACGAGGAGGGAGAACUAUCAGCUAUCCAAGCGUACGUCGGCUCAUUCGCAGAGUGACUCGCGACUCGAGAAGACGGUAUGCAACCGCGAGUGUGACGAGGUGGAUGCGAUGAAGUUUAAAGAGAAGGUUGGAAGGUUGAUGAGGAGGUUACGAAGUAGACAGGGAGCGUAG